AGUCGGUGAGCGCAGACGCGUUGUGCGCCGAGCCGGAUCGUCCAAUCUUUCCCGUUUAUAAACCCCAAACGCCAGAUAGUGCGUAUAUACGGUUUCGUCGGCACACACUUCGUACCAACGAAAUUUUCCUUCGAAUUCUCCACCGCUAUUUUAUCGGCUUUUCUUUUUUAUAUAUUUAUUUAAUCGUGUGUUAAAAACGAGGCGAACGCGAAUCGAUCGCAGGCAGUUUAACGAGGAAUGAAAUAGCGAGCGCGCGCGCGCGGUUACUCAACGACGAUGGUUUUCACUCUCGAUUUGGUGUUCGUCUCAAAAUAUCCCCUAUUUCAAAUUUGAUUACCGUGGAAGCACGAGGUUAUCGAGAGAUUUGGAAUCUUUGGAGAAACACCAAACGACUACAUUCGAAAGAAUCUGGACAGCGCGAAAGUUCCUCUCGAUAAAUCCUCGAUAAAAACAAUCCGGGAAUCGUCGUUUGCUGAAUAAAUUGUUGCUCCCCUUGUUAUUGUUGUUUUUUCUGGUGCGGGUGCGGUGUAGUUUUGUGCUUUACAAACGCCCCGAAGAAGCAGGAGGGCAGGAGGGAUGCCUGCGAAGGGGGAGAGGGGUAAAGCAACGGACUUCAGCAUCGCGGCCAUCAUGGCGCCCAGGGGUCCGUCCUUCGGACAUUACCACCUGCAGGGUCUUGGUAACACGGCCGCCAACACCGUGGAAUGCAACGGCAAACCUUUCGUCACCACCUCGAGUCUCGAUCAUCGGGUGAGAACGUCUCCGGUGAAUAUCGUAGCAACAGCGACGGUAGUAACGGAAGGACCGAUACUUUACGAGGACGAAGAUGACGAAAUAGACGAAGGGAUGGGGGAGGCGGAAAGCGAGGAGGCAAAGUCGGCCGACGGUGGUGACGACGAGGAGGAAGUCGAUGUCGAAGAAUGCAGCAGCUUAGACGAGUGUGGUCCACCGAGCUUGAGCGACGAGAUAACGAAUUCCCGAAAAUUGGAUUCGCUGGAUAAUGACAUUGAGAGUGGCGGUGUGAGGAGGAACGGCAGUGGCAACUUGACGAGGAAACAGUUGAGGGAGCGUGAACAACAGCAACAGAGACGUCAUAGAACAACGUGUAAUUCGGAGGAAUUGAGAAACGUCGAGUGUCAUCUUGAGACCAAAGAACUCUGGGACAAGUUCAAUGAACUUGGAACCGAGAUGAUCAUCACCAAGACCGGCAGACGGAUGUUUCCAACGUGUCGAGUGUCCUUCAGCGACCUACGUAACGAUGGACGUUACGCAGUCCUCAUGGACAUCGUACCUGUCGACGACAAGAGGUACAGAUACGUUUAUCAUCGCAGUUCCUGGCUCGUCGCCGGCAAAGCCGAUCCACCGGCAGCUCCGAGACUUUACGCUCAUCCUGACUCACCCUUCACAGGAGAACAACUGCGAAAGCAAGUUGUGUCUUUCGAGAAAGUCAAGCUGACGAAUAACGACAUGGAUAAACAUGGCCAGAUAGUCUUAAACUCGAUGCAUCGAUAUCAGCCACGAAUACACCUUGUGAAACUCCGGAGUCACGAGGACGACAAGGGACACCAUAUCAGUGAUCUCAGCAAAGAAGAACACAAAACUUUCAUAUUUCCCGAAGCGAUAUUCACGGCUGUAACCGCUUACCAGAAUCAGUUGAUCACCAAAUUGAAGAUCGACAGUAAUCCAUUCGCCAAAGGUUUCCGGGACUCGUCGAGACUAACGGAUUUCGAUCGAGAUCCAAUGGAAUUGAUGGAGCAACAAUUGGUGCGCUGUGGAGUGCCAUCGGUAAGACUGUACGAGCAUUUAGCAAUGACGUCGCCGGCUGCGGCGGCGGCUGCGUUGAACGCCCAACACGAGAGCAACGGUGGUCAGCAUCCUCCGCAUCCCUUAUCACCCUGGUUAACGUCACCGACAAGCGCAGCAGCGUUGCUCUACGGGAGCAGAGGUGGAACACCAUCGCCUUAUGGGACCCCACCGCCGCCGCCCCAACCGUCAGCCGCGUUUCCCUAUCACGGUAUAUCUUGGUCAUGGCAACCACCACCAGUUUCUAUUAUCUCAAGACGUACUUCGCCCUCCUCCAUACCAUCCAGCGGACCAGUCAGAUAUGCACCUUAUCAUAAUCCCAAUUCGACGACUCCGCCUUUGCGACAACGUACCAAUAGCCCCAAUUAACAAUUCCUCUCUCAAUCACGAUUCACGAGAAAUAUCGACACCGAUCGCAUCAGAUAAAGACGCGAGGGUUAAACAAAAUUUCUCAAUCUCAAAAGUCGUGUUCAAACAAUUUCCUGCGUUUUUCGAUCCAGAUAUCCACUUUUUACCAGUGACACUUUAUUAUUAUUAUUAUUAUUGAUAUUAUGAUUCUAUUACUAUUCUUAUAAGUUAAUGUUUUUUUUUCUUACAUUAUCUCAGGACCAAAACGGUAUUUAAUAGUGAAAUUAAUUUUCAUUUGUAUUUCCGACAAAAUUUAUUGAGUGGAAGCAAGUUAAUUAUUCGGAUUUGAGUAAAAGAUGUUUUUAUUUUUGAAUUUUUCACUGAACUUGCGGAUGGUGACGAACGGAUGAAAGAAUUUUCAUUAAAAUGAGUUGUAUCGGGUCGAGAAAAAAAGCAUUCUUCGAGUGUCCGAUUGAGACGGUUUUCAGUGAAAAUAUUCGUAGAGUUGGUACAAAACGAUACAUUUUGGUCCCGUAAUUUGUGACGAUAACAAAAAAGAAAAUAGUUGUUUCAUCGUUGUUUUGUUUCGAUAUUAUAUAUGAGAAAAAAUAUAUAUGAAAAUGAUUCAAGAGCCAAAGAACUAUAUCGUCGUCUCAAACCUCGCGAUCGUUGCGACGAGUCGAUGGAACGAUAUAGCAUUUGUUGUAAUAGUCGUAACUAUUUUAAUGUGAUGAUAUUACUUAACGGGAUAAUUCGAGGUGGACCAAUUAUUUCUUUCAAAUCUACCAACUGGACAAAAAGUUGCAAACCAUUUUUAGUUCUCCAUUGAAUUUAUCCAACAAGUUUGCAUGGAACAACUGUUACGAUACAGCGACAAAAAAAAUAUACUGAAAGACACCGAGAAUUAUCCCACCUGCGAUUAUGGUAGUCGUUACUUAUGGUGUAAGUAGAUGUAUAGUGUACAGAAAACGUCGUUUUGAAACGAACAGAACGGAAGUAAGAGUUUUAAUUUAAGCGAAAGUUUAAGCAGUGAUUAUUUUAUUAUUCGUUUUCGAUCGAAAAUCAACUUUGUAAAUAUCUUGCCGAUCGAUUGUUUAAAAGUGUGUGUACGGGUAUCGUCGUUCGUAUCUUAGUGGUUUGAGCGAAAAAGCUACGAAUUUCCACAGUUUUUAAAACAAUUCAACAAUUUCAAGUGAAGAAUUGAAAAAAAACCCAUUCAAAAUAUUAAUAUUAAUAUCAAUGAUGAAUUUUAUUUUAUUUCACCUCAUACAUUUUUCGAUUAAAAAUUGCCACGCUACUGCAUUUCGAAUAGAAAAAAAAAAAAAAAAAACACUUCGAUAAACCAAUUCAUGAAACAUCCGUCAAGAAAGAAGGAAAUAGGUUUUCACUUUUCGUUCAUAACCGUAACCCUUUUCAAUUCUCAGGUCCGAAAAAAAUCGGAUCUGCAUACCAUACCACGAUAGUAUUAUAUGGAUAAAGAGGAAACGGAAAUGAGGCAAAAAAAAUACUUUGUUUGUGUCUUACGGAAGUUUCUGACGAGAUCGUUUGUAAAUACUAUAAAUACAUGAUAUAUUUAACGAAAAAAAAUAAAAUAAAAUAAAAUAAAAAAAAGAAGACAAAAAUGAAAAAAGCAUGUACUUGUAGCGAGAAUGCGUCUCAAUGAAAUGUAGAGAAUAUACCAAUACGAAAGGAAAAAAGAAAAAAAAUAUCACAAACCCGGAAAAAAACUUCGUGGGUAUAUGAAACAAGAAAAUAAAUGGUUUUUAAGUAA